CGGCCCCCGGCCCCCUGCGCCCCACACACGCCCCCCUGCUCUUCUCCCCGUACUGAGGGGGACGGGGACGGGGACGGUGACACCUCUGGGGGUGACAGGAACAAUCCUGAGGGUGACGGUAACGGGGACACCCCCGGGAAUGGCAGUGACACCCCCAGGAGAGACAGGGACAGUCCUGGGGGUGACAGGGACAGGGACACCCCCGGGAAUGGCAGUGACAGUCCCGGGAGUGACGGGGACACUCUCAGAAGUGAUGGUGACAAUCCUGGGGGUGACAGUGACACCCCUGGGGGUGACAGUGACAAUCCUGGGGGUGACAGUGACACCCCUGGGGGUGACAGUGACAGUCCUGGGGGUGACGGUGACACCCCUGGGACAGACAGAGACAGGGACAAUCCUGGGGGUGACAGGGACGGGGACAGGGACACCCCCAAGGGUGACGGUGACAAUCCCAGAAGUGACGGUGACAAUCCUGGGGGUGACUGUGACACCCCUGGGGGUGACAGUGACAAUCCUGGGGGUGACAGUGACACCCCUGGGGGUGACGGUGACAAUCCUGGGGGUGACGGUGACACCCCUGGGGGUGACGGUGACAAUCCUGGGGACAACGAACCCCCCCGAACAGCCCCUGGGAAAAUCCCGGGACAAUUCCUUGGGAAAAGCCUGGAAUAGCCCCUCCCCCCACCCCGGGAAUUCCCCUGGGAACAACUGGACAACAGUCGGUGCCUGGCAACCGUUGCCUGGCAACCGGGAACCGCCUGGCAACGGCUGCCUGGCAACCUUUAAUGAGCGACUGCCCGGUGACGGUCACUUGGUGACGGUCAGUGAUGGUCAGUGAUGGUCAGUGAUGGUCAGUGAUGGUCACUCA